UUCCCCGUGAUUGUUUGCCCCUGCCAUCUUACAGAGCUGACAUCUUACAGGCGAGUCCUGCUUGGUCCCUUAUUGUGGGAGCAUGAGGAACGAUCAUUGCCCAGCGACACCCAUCGAUAGCAGUGAAUAAUAGCCAGGAAGGGAGGCAGACAACAGUAGGAACAUGCUCAAGAGAGGUGCUGUAAUUCUUGGGACAUGGCGCUUCUGCAGAGGAGGAGGAGAGUUGCAGGGUGGACGGGAGGGGGAGGGGGUCCUGUCACUGCUGAUGCUCUCUAGAGCUCAGCAGCUGGAGAGAAACAUUGGCUGAGGAUGGUCAAAGCUGGGAAGGGAAAAGGCAAGGAGGGAAAAGGAUGAAGUGAAAAGAGCUAGCAGCCACGCUGGAGAGCAUAAACAGUCUGCUGACCUCUGAUGCAUGAGGGAUGAAGAAAACAGACUGUGAUUGACUAUGUGGUCCAUCUGGGUGUUCUUCUGGAUUUCAGCUGUCCCGAUCAAAGCUAUUCCACCUGUCUGUGACCUUCUGAGCGUCCUGAAAAGGGAGGAAGAAAAGUGUGUGGAGACUCUUUCCCUGGAGGCAAGGAACAGAACGACUGAAAAUGAUCUGCUCCUGAGCUCAGGCAGAUGUGCUGGAAUGUGGGACAACAUGAGCUGCUGGCCUUCAUCCACUGUGGGACAGACUGUCAAUGCUCACUGCCCUGAAUUCUUUCAGAUGCUGACUGGGAAAAAAGGUUUUGUGUACCGAAACUGUACAAGUGAGGGCUGGUCAGAGCCGUACCCGAGACCUGACAUUGCUUGUGGCUACAAUGUCAACGACACCACCAACGAGGCCAGACGUUCCUAUUUCAUGACCCUGAAGACCAUGUACACCAUUGGAUACUGCACCUCCCUCGUGACGUUGAUGAUAGCCUUGGUGGUCCUGGCCUCCUUUAGAAGGCUUCGCUGCACAAGGAACUACAUCCACAUGCACCUCUUCACGUCGUUCAUUUUGCGAGCCUCAUCCAACUUCAUCAAGGAUGCCGUCCUGUUUUCCUCUGAGGACACAAAUUACUGUGGGGCAUACACGGCUGGCUGUAAGCUCACCAUGGUCUUCUUUCAAUAUUGCAUCAUGUCUAACUACAGCUGGCUCCUCGUGGAAGGACUGUACCUCCACACUCUCCUGGUGAUUUCCUUCUUCUCGGAAAGGAAGUUCCUCUGCUGGUUCAUCGCCCUCGGAUGGGGUGCCCCAAUGGUCUUUGUGGCUGCAUGGGCCACUGCUCGGCAGCUCCAUGAAAAUAUUGGGUGUUGGGACAUUAACACUGAUGCCAAUACCUGGUGGAUCAUUAGAGGCCCCAUAGUUGUGUCUAUAUUUAUUAAUUUCAUUCUCUUUGUCAACAUUUUAAGAAUCCUAAUGAGGAAGCUCAGCUCCCCUGAAAAACGGAGCAGUGAUUUCAACCAAUACAAGAGACUUGCAAAGUCAACACUCCUCCUCAUCCCUCUCUUUGGGGUCCACUAUAUCAUCUUUGCUUUUUUCCCUGAAGAUGCAAGCAGCGGCACAAUGGAAAUUCAGCUGUUUUUUGAAUUGGCUCUUGGAUCAUUCCAGGGCUUUGUUGUGGCUGUACUUUAUUGUUUUCUUAAUGGUGAGGUUCAGCUGGAAGUUCAGAGAAAAUGGAGGCAGUGGCAUUUAAGCAAGCACUGGCGACAGCAUCUCAGCACGUCAGCGAGUAACGGAGGAAGCGGCUUGACCCAAGAGAUGCAGAUGGUGAGGUCCAGCCCAGCAGAGCACAGGAGAGGAACCCUCCAAAGGUCAAGUGUGCUUUAACUCUGUGCUCCUGAGGGUACCUCCAUGCUCAGAUACACGUGGCUGAGUCCCAUGGACUGAGCUGGGAGUCCUGUGUCCAUGUCCAAAGCGGGACUUGGCUGUGGAUCAGCGGUUCUUGGAGCACAUCUGUUCGUGUAUAUCCUGUGCAGCACCAUGGUUAUUUUGCAAAGCAAAAUGGGCCAAAAUAUUAUGGUCUUCCUUGAGUUUCUGCCCACAGUAAUUUGUGUUUCUUUCCACACCUGCUGCUAGUUCUACCUUAAAUGUGACCUUCCAUUUUCCAUGUGGCUCUCCAGCAUGUUCCAGGCUAAGUCAGGCUGGUGUUUUUUUGAUGUUCUUUAUUUUUUCUGCUGCAGAAGCUGGGAGGACAUUGAAUUUUAUAUGAUGAAGGUUACAUGCCAGCUUCCAUGGGUUUGAAAUGCAAAAUUAAUUAAUCCCUAGAAUUUAUCAAGGUUCAAAGCCUUUCUGUUGUGACAUGGAUGAAUGGAUGAUGGACACUGAGAACAUAAGGCACAGCUGAGCUCCAGUUUCCUCUCUGACUGCAGAUCCAUUGCACCAGUGACAGUGGCAGGCUCAGACAGGUUUUUUUGCCUUUGCCUCUUUUAGCAGCGGAGACCUUGGGAACAACAGUGGUCCAAUUGGAUAGUUGUAUCAUUUUGAAAUGGUAACAAAGCUAUUACAACAUAUUCCAAAGGUGACCAAAAAAACUUCAGUAAGAUAGCUCAUCCCUAUUGUGUCUGUACCUCUGAGACUUGACCAGCUUGUAUUUGAAGGGAAGAAAUGAAAGCUCUUGAGACAUCUAAAGGUCAAUUGAACUGGACAGUAGAAACUACCUGGUGAAAAAGAGUACCAUAGUGGCAACCAAAAAUCUCUUUAGAGUCUACAGUUCUUCUGUGUACUAAAAUCUGCAAGGCUGUGCACUGUAAUACACUGUCAAAAAGUAUCUGAGCUAUCACAGCUUUUUGCUCUUAAGGACAGAAUUAAGCAGAUUUCCCUGUUUUGAGUGGGAAAGGGAUAAAAUAAUUCAUCUGACAAAUGAAAUCAAAUCUCCUACAUGAUUUUGUAUCCACAUUUCCCUAGCUGGGGUGAUUUUUGGCUGGGUUUCUUCAAGGGCAAAGACUUGAACUGAAAGCAAAUGGUGUUUAUCACUUCUCCCUCCUCCCGAUCACCUACAAGACAUUGGCAAAACAUGCAUGGCAUGUCAAAUGCUGCCUGAGCAGCAUUCCCCAACCCCCUCUGCCAAAACUGCUCCAACGAGCUUUUAAUCACACCAAAUGCCUACAUGGCAGGCUUUGGCCAUUUUAUCAGAAGACAAACAUGCAGAGUAGUUCAAAGGAUACAUUCAAACUUAAAUUACCUGUACUGAAGCAGGUUUUUGAGUGAUGUUAGUUCUCUUUGAAACUCAGAGAUUGAGGAAAAAAAUGUUUUUUUCACUGGCAGUGCUGACAGUUAUCCCACAGCCUCCCUGGUGCAGCAGGUGCUGCAGCAGCAGCACACAGAGGGCAGCCAGGAGAGGAUGGGCACUCAGCAGCAGGGAGAGCUUGGUGGUUGCUCCAGCCUGCCCUGCCUGGUUGGCUUUCUUGGCUCAUGCAGGUCACCCAGCAGUAGGUGAGUUGAACCUCUUUACAACCAGGAAAAAAACAACAAGAUGUAAAGCUGUAAACUGGCUAGUGUUUCAAGGAAUUACUUUAAACUUAUAUUUUUGGAAAUAGCAAGCUUUCAAGUUGGCUUCGUCCUUUAAAAAUCAGCCAAAACAAGUGGAAGGAAGAACAGGAGCAGGAUCAGUCCUAUGACUAAAGGAGAAGUGAAAGCCCCUCCCUGAAGGUUGGAAUUAAAAAUCUCCCUUUUUGCUGACUCACCCAAGCCAAGCAGACCCUCCAAACUUGUUAGGGGUUCACUCCGUCCCAGGGAAUUUAGCAAGUCAGAUACUUCCAAAAAAAUGUAACCUUAAUUUUCUCUCUGGCCUACGAAUGAGACCAAGAAGGGUGAAACAACUUGUAUGUUCCCUCUCUGAGAAUUAAACAUUCAUCCUUCAAGCCAAA